AUGAAGUCCACCAUGAUCUCUAGCGCCGCCACCCUCUUUUUCGCCGCCAUCGCAUGCGCUGCCCCCCUCACCGUGCGCGAUUCUUCAGUCGUGAUCACUAUCAAGACCGGCGACGGUGACUCUGCAACAACCAUCUCAGUCCCCCUGGAUCAAAUCACCGCCACUUCGAGACAGUCAAGCCAAGCUGUGGCCGCAUCUGUCUCAGACUCUGGAGUCUUCUGCCAAGCAUUCUCCGAUGUGACCGCCACCCAGCCGGUUGGCUCUGUGUUCUCCGCAGGCAAGGACGCCAGCUACAGCGCGACCAGCAGUGGCGGUACGGAAUCCGUCUCUGGCGAUGCUGUCACAAUUGGAUCUUUUCUCUGCUCCAACUCUGAAGGCGGCGUUGCCCCCUCGGCAUCGUCUUCUGGUGCACAGACCGGUUCAGCGUCCUCAGGAACUGUCCGCGUUCAGCUCGAACAGUCAUCCGAUCAAUUCGUCCAGACCGACCUCCCUCUAGACGCCUUGGUCGCAGUUGGCAACACCAACCUCGGUACCCGUGGACUUGACCUGUCUCUUAUCAGCGCCGAUGGUGCCGAUGUGACCCAAGUUUCAUGCCAGGUUUUCUCCGACGUCGCCGGCCAAAAACCCCUCGGCAAUGCAGCAACGACUGCCACGGACGCCACCUUGUCUACUGACCGCAAUACGCCUGCUGUCAUUGGCGCCAUUCAGUGCGGUGUGGUCGCUUGA